UAAAUUGAAUAUAAUCUUUCAUACAGUUUUUAUAAACUCUUAUUAAUAGUAUACAUACCCCUUAUAAAUUAUUUAUAAACUUUCAUAACUUUCUUAUAAACAUUUAUAAAUGGUUUAUAGAUUUUAUAACUUGUUUUAUAUGCAUUUAUUAAUAGUUUAUAAACUCUUACAAAUAAUUUUACAUAUCCUUAUAAGGCUUUGUAAAGAGAUGAUGAUACAUGGCAGACUCUGAGGUACAUGUGGACAUCAAUCAAGACUCCACCGCUUCAGAAAUUUUAAAUUCCCAUAUAAAUCAUUUUAUAAUAUUUAUAAUGGUGUAUAAACUUAAUAAAUUAUUUUUAUAAACCCAUAUACAUUAUUUAUGUACCCUUAUAAACCCUUAUAAAUUAUUAUACAAACCAUUAUAAAUUGUUUUAUAAGGCUUUCUAAAUUGUUAUAGACUCUUUUAGUUGAUUUAUAAACCUAUGGAACUCAUAUAAUACCCUUAUAAAUUGAAUGUAUGCUUUCAUAACGUUUUUUAUAAACUUUUAUAAAUUAUUUACAUUCAUCAAUAAUCAUAGAUCUAACCCCAUUGGUUGAUAUGAGAAAGUGAACCAUAGAUCUACUCCCAUUCAUCAAUAAUCUUAUUUGCAUAAGGUUCUCCUGAAAAUUGAAUGUUAUUCUUUCUAGCUAGUUCUACAACACUUCCGCAAGGUGUGAAUUCUCAAUUUCACUAAAUUCCUCCUUACCUAAAAUACAAAAAAUCAUUUUCAACAUAAUUCAUAUUUGAACGUUGGAUGAUCAGUUUUGGCUUGUCUGGUAGCUCUGUUGAAGUAUCACAAUACCUCGUAGUUAACUUCAAAAUUGUGCAGAAUUUAUAAACCUUAUAAAUUAUUUAACAAACUUUAUAAACUGUCUUAUAACUUCAAAUGUUGAAUCCUCAGCAAGAAUCACAACCUGUAAGUAUUUUUUCGGAUUUUGUUGUUUUGAUCUAAGAGAAAGAGUUAUCUAUUAAUAUUCUGAUAUAAGAAAAAAAUUUCUAAUAGUGAACAUUGAGUUUUUGAAAAUUUAUAACUCUUUAUAAAUCGAAGUUAUUUAGUAAUGUAAUUGACAUGUUCAGUUCCCGACACUCAUAAAAGAAGCAUAUGUUCAAGCUUAUAUGAGAGCCACAACUCUGCCAUCACACAUUUUCUUUGAUCUACAAUGUUAAUCAUCAAAUUCAUCAUUGUCUCUUGUUUUUUUUUCUAAAGUCUUAUUGACCAACCAUUGACAUUUUUUAGUUUCUUCUUGUGUCUUAGAUUGCAGUCUGUUUCUUUUAGCAGCGAUAAAAAAUAUGAUAUAACGCAAGUGAAGGCUCCACCUCAGCUGCAGAAAACGAUGUGUUAAGUAACUCAAUCAACUAAAAGACAAUUUAGAAAGGCUUAUAAGACAGUUUAUAAAGUUUGUUAAAUAAUCAACUGCACCUCGCCUCACCGUCCUCGCCAUCUCCUCCACGACCCUCCACGGAAACAGAGCAUCAUCAAGAUGCGCAGUAAACGCGAAAUCAAACGCACCGUCGAAAAAUGAAGGUUAUGAGGAUCAGCUCUUCUCUCGAGAGGAAGCGAAUCCACCGACUCCACGGCGGUAACGUCAGAUAACUCGAUCUGGGCCAUCGCCAUCGGAGCGUGUCCGGUGCCGGCGGAGAGGCAGAGAGCUUUGGUGUGGUUGCGAAGCAAUCCGAGAUCGCAGAAUCGGAGGAAGUAAGAGGAGAAGGAGGAGAGACGCGAUAUCCAAGCCUUGGUUAGGGACGGAGGAGAAGGAGGAGAGACGGUGGAUCUCCGGUGAAUCGGAGACAGAGAAGAAGAAAAAAGAUCGAGAGAAAGAGAGAGGAAGAAAAGAGGAUCGCGAGAGAGAGAGAGAGAUAAAGUUAGGGCUAAUAUGGUCUUUUGGUCUUUAAUGAAAAGUGUAUUUGUGAAAAUAUCUCCAUACUAGUGGUAUACUUGAAAUGUGGUACUAAAGAAAGUGUAGAAGUAAAAUUUCCCCUAGGUAAAAUAACACUAAUACCCUAGAUAUAUAAAAAAUAAUUAAAAAAAAAAAAGAAAAAAGAUAAAAAAAAAAAAAAAAAAUUAAAAAGUAAAAAAAAAAAUAAACCCUGAUGGUGAGUAGAUUUUGUUCUUUUUUUUUUUUGAAAAGCUCAUACUCUGAACUUAUACAUUUUGUUUGUUUUCUUUGUGGUAUAGGAACUCUCAAGGGCGUUUAUGAUGUUAAAGAAAACUUUUUUAUUUCCACCUCGAAUGCUCCCCAUGCUGGACCGAGAAACUCAGUUUUUGGAGCUCCAACUUUGGUAAAUACCACCAGCUCUCGAGCACCACCACCACCGAGCUCCAUGGGGAAUACGGCUGGUGGAGGCUCAAUGAGCAGGGCUUUGGUCUCUGAUGGAGGAAGUAUACUGAGCUCUACGGGGAGUAUGGGUGGUGGAGGCUCAAUGAGCAGGGCUUUGAUCUCUGAUGGAGGAAGUAUACUGAGCUCUAUAGGGAGUAUGGGUGGUGGAGGCUCAAUGAGCAGGGGAUUGAUCUCUGAUGGAGGAAGUAUAAUGAGCUCUACGGAGAGUAUGGGUGGUGGAGGCUUAUUGAGCAGGGCUUUGAUCUCUGAUGGAGGAAAUAUAAUGAGUUCUAUGGGGAGUAUGGAUGGAAGUACUGAACAUAAUAGAUCAAUGAUGUUUGGGCUCCAAGGAUCCCCACAGGUUUAUUCUAUGCCUGGAAGCUCCUACCCUUAUGCUGCUGGAGGACAUUUCCAAACUCAUGUUCAAGCAAUGAACAGCCUAAGCUCUAUGAGCUUAAUGAACUCCAACUACAUGACAACUGAUUAUCAAAUGGAUUUGCAGCAGCAAGAACUAAUGAUGCAAUCUCAACAGUCAUCUGUGAGUUUUUUAGCUUUGUCAAUAAAAUAUCACUGGGUUUGCGUUCCUUAUAUUGAAGGUUAAUUUAUCCUCUAUAAUCUGGCUACUUGUAGAUGGGAAGGCAUGGUGGGUUUUACUUUGGUGAUGCGUCUAUGCCAACAUAUCCUCUACAGCUACCAAGUGCUCAAGCUGUGAGCCGUAGUGGUGUUAUCUCCUCUCAGGUGUGAUUAUAAUCUAAUGUUUUUUUUAAAGCAGGCUGGAAUCAUUUGAAGUUCUUACUUAAUUGAACCAAACGUUCUUGUUCUUUCUGUUGGUUUCAGACUGGUGGACCUCCGACUAUUGGAUCAAGACCUGUGAAUGAUGCAUUGGGUUAUGACCAGCCCCUCCAGCACCAUCAGAACACGUCCCAGUUUGGCGGGCAGAUUAAGUGACUAGAUAUAUAAAAAAAUAAAAAUAAAAUAAAAUAAAU